CUGUUACACGGCGACCAUUCCUCUCCCCCCCCCCCCCCCACCCCACCUCAUCCCGCGUCCCCUACCUCGCUCUAUCCUGCUCCUGCGGUUCGAGGUCAAGUUAUAGGCGGGUCAUUUUGAACAUUUUUCUGCCCAAAAAUGGAGGGCCCUUGUGCUGUAUGCGGGAAGCCAAGCGGACCAUGCAAGAUUAAACCAAGAGAAAAGAGUUUCUUUUGCAUCCACCUCAGCGCGUCAUUCGAGGAUCAUGUGACCAUCCCUGCUACGCCUGUGAGAAGUUCAACAAGUUCACAUCUCACAUUGUAACAUUGCAAACAAACUAGUUGUUUGAUUACACCGUUGAUGUUGCUGUCAUGGACACCUGUCGUACAUGGUAACAAGUGGAAACAAUAUGUUGAUGAUCACGGCCUUGCUGCUGGAGACACUCUGACUUUCUUUUUCCCGGAGAAGGAUGAAAGCAUCUUCAUAAUUGAAUGCACUACUUAUAAGGGCGCCAUCAAGGACAGAAUUGAUCAGACAGUCUCUCUUGAGGUUUUCAACUUAAAUGUUGAGUACAAUCUUCAAUAUGUUUUCUAUACAAGGGGUACCUGCCUUUCAAAUACUCAGAAAGAGAAUCUCUGCAACCAGAUCGGAGAUAGUGGGUUUGGUGCUGCAGGGUUUUUUGUUCACCAGCUAUCAAACACUAACGUCAACAAGUGUCUGAAAUUUCCAGAACCAGUUACAUCUGCUCUUAGGACAAAUAACGAAGGUCAAAUGAUUAUUUAUGUGAGGGAGCCAGAGUGUCAAUCACAAUUUGAUUACCGUGUCGACAAUGAUGGUCGUAUGGUAACAGCAGGUUCUAGUUUGUGGAAAGUUUUUGCUGUCAAAGCUAAUCUCAAGAGAAGUGAGAUCAUUUCUUUUCAUCUUAUUCAAGGAAUCGACACGCCUAGUUGUCUGUGCUGAGAAACUGUAAGUAAGUUUGGGUUGUUAUCAGGGUUUUGCUAAGCCACAUAAACUUGUUUUCUGCAGAGGCUGGGGGGACUCAUGAUUUUGUGUUUAUUUUGUCUGCUGUACCUGUCAUUUUGUCUUCUGAAACAUGUCCUUCGUCUAAAUCCUUAACAGAAUCACAACACAUGUUCUGGACA